GGGCCUUUGUAUUAGACUACAACGGUAUCUGAGAGAUACAACAAUAUCUACCUUUGACUGAGUUGCGCGGUUCUCACGAGACACCAAGGCUGACCCAAGCAUUGCACAGAUAUAAUGCCCCAAGCAUCAUGGCUUCUCCUGCGACACCGGUGAAGAAUCAGGCUGGAUCAGCAUCGGCGACGAAGGCCGACACAUCCAAAACACAACGAAGACCACGCCGACCAAAUUACAAUCACAUCCAUCGAAAUUUCUUACCUGUCGAAGUCCACCCUUUACCCGUUCUCAUCCCCCACAACCCGUUGUCCCUGGUUGCAAUUGCACUCUCCUACCUCGCUCAAAUUCUUGCUCCGCCAACACGACCUACAUACAAGGGUUAUUUCUCGUCAGCAACUUCAUCCAUACAUGUCACAGAUGCAGAAACGGUACGAAAGCUAUGGGAGAUGGGCUUCUUUGGAAGGGGUAAUCUCAGUCGAAGUGAACCAACAUGGCUAGACAAUCGAAAGAAAAAGGGGUUGACUGCAGAAGAAAACACAGCUCAACGUCGACAAGCGAGAAGACAACAGAAGCAGGAACGGGCGCGGAAAGAACAGGAAGAGAUAGAACAAAAACUUGCAGAAGAAACUCAAUCGAAUGGUACUUCGAAUGGGCAUCUGAAUGGUGUGCUGUCAGAGAACGUUUUGAAAACAAAUUCCAAGGAUUUGAAUGACAUCGCUAGUGUUUUGGAGUCUGCCAGCGGUACUGCAAGCCCUCAAGACGAGGAAAACAAAGAGAACACUUCGUUGCAUGAGUUCCACGAGUGGAAGAAAGCCAUCGAAGCAAAUGGGAUUCCGACACCACCUCCAACAUCGACGUCUUCGGAUGCUAGUCACGCCGAAGGUCAACCGGUGAAAAGGUUGCAACGGACCAAAACCGUACGCUUCUCACCUACAAUCGAGGCGAGAGAGUUCGAUCUCAGCUCCCCGAUAAUCUCGCCAAUCAAAAGUCCGGGGUCAGCACCACUGGACAUCGCGAAGCCUGAAGAGCCGCAGGUGCAGGAGAACCAAGAACACUUGAAUCUGUCACUCGAGGAGGCGUUCUUCUUGUCAUAUGGCCUGGGUGUGCUCGACGUCUACUGUGACGACAGUGAUGCGGUCCUACCACCAUCUUCUCUGCUAUCGCUGUUCCGUCGACACUCAUUUUAUCCUCCGAGGAGUCUAUCGGUGUCGGCCGAGCCUGACGACCCCUUCAUGCUAUCAUAUGUUGUCUACCACCACUACCGCUCGCUGGGCUGGGUUGUUCGAUCCGGAGUCAAAUUCUCCACGGAUUACUUACUCUACAAUCGAGGACCUGCAUUCUCCCACGCCGAAUUUGCCAUUGUCAUUGUCCCGUCUUACACUCACCCUCACUGGACGGAUACGCCAGAGAACAGGAAACUGGUUGAAAACAGUGCCAAGAAGACAUGGUGGUGGCUUCAUGGCAUCAAUCGUGUACAGGCACAGGUGCUGAAACAGCUGGUCCUGUGUUAUGUGGAUAUACCACCUCCACUCGCGGGCGAAGAGAAGGGGAAGGAUAUUGAUAUUGGACUGCAGCUUUCGCGGUAUAAGAUCCGAGAUGUAAAUGUUCGCCGCUGGACACCGAACAGAAGUCGGGAUUGAGUGCGAGGAAGCAGCCUUCCUAUGAGUGCUGGUUCACUACGAUGAUCAUGAAAUAACCACAAUUAAUUCACGUCGCAGAAGCAUUGUGGCUGUUCUUCUUCGUG